UGCAUUGGAUAAGUAAGACUAAGAUAACAAUACUGUAGCACAGAUGGAGAUGAAGUUCGAUAUCUUGGGUUGAGGAGGACGUGGGAGAUGUGAUGUAUCCAUGAUGCUGCUGCUCUUGUUCCUUGUAUUAAAGGAUGCUGCCCUAUGAGUCUUCUGGCAAAUUAAUUGAUAUGCUGCACUGGAUAGUGGAGAGAUUUGGAUCUGUUAUUGCAGAAAUUUCUAACGAUAGUUUUUGGUUGAGUCAAGGAAUCAAAGUUACCCAGAAGUGUUUGGGUACAUUAAAUUUCAAAGUAAAUUUAUUAUCGAAGUACAUAUGUUAUGAUGAGAGUCAUUUUUUGCAGGCAUUUACAGAGAAAAAGAAAUAAAAUAGAGUUUACAAGGAAAUGCACAUAAACAAAGACUGCCAACUAAUAUGCAAAUGAAGACAAACUGCAGAUAAAAAUAAUACUGAGAACACUAGUGUAAGGAACCCUUGAAAAUUAGUCUGUAGGUCAUAGAAUUGGUGAAUGAAAUUAACCGCACUGGUUCAGAAGCCUGAUGGGUGUAGGGUAAUAACUGUUCCUGAACUUGGUGGUGUGGCACCUAAGGCUCUGUACUUUCUUCCAGAUGGUAGCAGUGAGAAGAGGGCAUGACCUGGAUGGUGUGAGUCUUUGAUAACGGAUGCUGCUUUCUCGUGGCAGUGCUCCAGUGUACUCAAUGGUGGGGAGGUCUUUGCCUGUAAUGGACUGGGCUGUACGAUGAUUCCGUGGUAGCUUCCAAUCUGAUGGCAUAAAUAUCGAUUUCUCCUUCAGCUUUGAAAGUUUGAAACAAGGUUGUGAUUCUUUCUGAAGAGAACUGAAAGGAAUAUUUUUCACUUGUUGGCAAGAUAUAUUAGGAACUAAUCAAGAUGCCUUCCCACGGCAAACUCAUGGUGCCUGAUGGUUUGAAAACUCUGCUAGAGGCAUUGGGCAGAGCUGUGGUGCAAGACCAGCCUGACAACAUCCAACAAUUUGCCUCUUCAUAUUUCAAGGAGUUAUUACAGUUUCGAGAUGGGAAUCCAUCACUUGAUAUGAAUGACUUAGUGAAAAUGUUUCACGUGAGCAGAGGUAUUCAGGAGUCUGAAAAGUCUGAUGAUGGUGAUAGUUGCCCAUUACAUUCAUCUAGUAAAGAUGAGGCUUCAACACCUUCGCCCACUGGGAGAACAUCAGACUCCAGUGCAGUUUGCCCUCUAGAAGAAAGUUCUUCAAAACCAGCAGCAGCUGCAGAGACUGAUUCUGCAGAAGAGGAUCUUAUUGCAUCUUGUCCAGAGGGAAAGGAUGCUGACGGAAAUGACAAACAAUUACCCUGCCUUGUUGAUAAGGGCUUUAAACUAGUAUAUGGUAGAAUUGAUAAAUUGGGAACUAAAAUGGAUGAUCUGAUUGGCAGUAUUAAAAAUCUUGCUGAUGUUAUGUCCAAGGAGCAAAGUGCAGAAGGGAAACAACGCCAAGGAGCAGAACCUACCGCAGAGAGCACAAAAGCAGCAUCACCAGAAGCAAAAUCUCCAGAAACAACAAUACCUGCAUUAACAUUUCCAGGAGCAACUACACCUGGGGCAAAAUCCCCAGGAACAACAACACCUGCAUUAACAUCUCCAGGAGCAACUACACCUGGGGCAAAAUCCCCAGAAGCAAAAUCACCAGCAGCAAAAUCCCCAGAAAGAACGACACCUGGAGUAGUAUCUCCAGGACUAAGAACACCUGGGGCAAAAUCCCCAGAAACAACGACACCUGGGGUAACAACACCAGGAGCAACUACACCUGGAGCAAAAUCACCAGGAAUAACAACACCUGGAGCAAAAUCACCAGGAACAUCAACACCUGGGGCAGCAACACUAGAAGCAAAAUCACCAGAAGUAAUGACACCCGGUGCAAAAUCACCAGAAGCAACGACACCGGGGGUAAUAACACCUGGAGAAACAUCACCAGGAGCAAUGACACCAGAAGUAGCUGCGUCAGGUACAAAGACACUGGAAGCAGCAACCCCAGAUGCAAAGACACCAGAAACAACAAGUCCAGGAGCAAAAACUCCAGAUCCAGAACUAGAAGUGGAAGUAGAAGUAAAAGAAGAUUAAAUUACAGAACCAGGACAACAUUUCAUCCUACCUUCUUCCAACCUUCUUCUUAAGCAAAAACUUAAGAAAAAAAGGCUGAAGACAAUAAGUU